GGAGAUGCGGGAGGAAAAGGGAGCCAAUGGCCUGGGUCCUGGGAAGGGGCAGGCGAGGCGAGGCGGAGGGAGGAGGGGGGCGUCGGCCCACGUGCUGGUGGGGGACAGGGAAACAAUGAGGCCUUUGGUGAUUGUGCGGGAUCCACCCCCAGCUUCCCAGCGUGUCCCCUCUGCGGGCUGGAUCCGGGUGGCUGCUCGGGGGCGGGGCGGGGGGCCCUGAAUGGGCCCCUUGUCUCCACGCUGGGUGUGGGCCAGGCUCCCCGGGCACACGGUGCCCUCGCCAGGGCUGGCCGGCCUCCGUGGCCUCCACCCCCAGCUGGCUGAGGAUGAAGCCUAGUGGGUGAGCAGCCCCUCCCUGGCAGCCUCGGCUCGGUCCCAGAUGGAAGGGCAGGUAGGGAGAGGGACCCCAUCUAGUGGGGAAGGAGGGAAAGCAGCAGCCUCCACGUGAGGAGAACCCAGGUCCUACUAGACGGGACCUUUGGAGAGCGGGACACCGGAGGCCUACUGAGUUUGGACUCCCUGCCCUGUGCAGAUUUACGACUUGGGCAGGCUCUUUGGUUUUUCUGAAUCUCAGUUUCCUCCUGGGUGAAAAGGCCCUAGUGGCAAUAACCUACACGAAGGGCAAAUGCGAGGAUUACAUGACGUCAUCCAAGGGAAGAGUCCAGGGAGUUCCAGGUGCCCGCUCAGUGUUAGUUUCCGUCCAGGGGGAGCAGGGCUGAGGGUGCAGGGAUUGGCUCCGGGGGUCCUGGAAGGGCCUCGGGGGUUGGGGUCAGGGCCGGCAGGCGCUCACAAUGGGCUAGAACUCUCCCUCCCUCUGGGUUCUCAUCCACUUUGACUCCUCUCCCUGUCCCAGGGAGGGGAGGAAGGGCCGAGGAUGAGUCAUUGGGGGGAUCUUUCCUCCUGGAUUCUCUAUUUCUUUCUUCCCUGUUGCGCGUGAAGCUCCCGAGAGACCCCUUAGGUGGCGGCCACUGGCCCGCAGCCUGUUCCCCUCCCCCUCCCCCCUGAACUAAAUGCUGGUUCUGCCCCCUACUUGGGGCUUGUGUGUCGGGAGAAAUGGCUGCGGUUGUGAGGUUCUUCCGAUGGAUUUGGAGCAAGAUUAGUCGCUGGGUUUUCUUCUGGAGACACCAAGCGAAGUCAGCCGUCGGGGAACACAGCGACUCCAAGAAAAAUGCAUCGAAGGUGGAGAAGAUACCCAAAGUGGUUGAGACUCUCAAGUUGGUCGAGGCCUCCAAAGAGGCUAAGGUCUCCAAAGUGGAUGUGUCCUCCAAGGUGGCUGAUCCCUGCGUGGUGGCCAAGACCACCACAGACCGGGCCGCGAAGGAGGCGGGCCAGGGGAGGCGAUCGCUGUUGCAGCUGCCCCGGACUGCUGUCAAGUCUGUCUCCACGCUCAUGGUCUCAGCCCUACAGUCUGGCUGGCAGAUGUGCAGCUGGAAGUCAUCUGUGAGUUCUACCUCAGUUGCCUCCCAAAUGAAGACUCGUUCCCCUUUGGAGUCUCGAGAGGCUGAGAUGCUUCGGGAAGUGUACCUGGUGCUGUGGGCCAUUCGGAAACAACUGCGGCAGCUGGCCCGCAGGCAGGAGAGGCGGCGUCGGCGCCACAUCCGGGCCCACACCUGCCCCCAAACUGACCCAGUUCAGAGCCUGAAACAGGAUGCCCGGAGUCCCCUCUAGGGUGGGAACCCCACAUCCUCAGCCCUCACCUCACUCUUAGGUAAGGUUGAUAGGAGAGGUUGGGGCAGCAGGCCACGAGUUGUGAGUGAGGAGAAGUUUUCAUACUUUCACCUCUUAUCAGGACCCCAAGGCCUGGCCUGGGGUCACACAUAUUCCCCUUCAUUCCUUUUAUCCAAUUUGUAAAAAAUUAUCAAACUGUUGGGAAAUAAAUAUCAGAUAUUUCUGAGUA